AUGGUUUCUUCUGCUAUGGAUUUGCAGGGUCAAGAAGCCGCUGGAUCAGAUAUUAUUCUUCCUACAAGCAAACAAAUUUCUCAAAAAAUUGGUGCACCUUCCAUUAAGGGUAGAUUGUUCGAAGAGCAGUUGACUCCUGAGGGUGACUUUGCUUCAAAGGUCAGGAAACCAUACACAAUCACGAAACAAAGAGAAAGAUGGACCGAAGAAGAGCACAAAAAGUUUCUUGAGGCGUUAAAACUUUACGGUCGAGCAUGGAGAAAAAUAGAAGAGCAUGUGGGCACAAAAACUGCAGUACAAAUUCGAAGCCAUGCGCAAAAGUUUUUCUCCAAGGUUGUUCGCGAGUCUAAUAGUGGUGAUGCCAGCUCUGUGAAACCAAUUGAUGUCCCCCCUCCUAGGCCCAAAAGGAAGCCAAUGCAUCCAUAUCCUCGUAAGCAGGUUUCUCCCGUCAAAACUGUAAUCUCAGCGCUUGAGAAAACAUCAAGUUCUCUAUCUCCCAAUCUGUCUGCCUCACAGCAGGAAAACCAAUCUCCGACAUCUGUAUUGUCUGCAAUUGGUUCGGAUGCUACAAUGUAUUCUGAUAUGUAUGGAAGCCCGUCCCCAAUUUCAUCUGCUGCUGUCAAUGGUGGUGCUGUUUUUCGUUCUGAAGCAGCUAACUUUUUGUCAGCAGAAUCCAAAUCUUCUCCUGGCCAAGAAGAUGUUCGUUCAAGUACAGAAGAACAAGCUCCUUCGAAACUGGAGCUGCAAUAUGAAGAUAAUGCUUUAGUUAAGGAAGAGUCAACGGAAUCAACCAUGCAGUGUUUGAAGCUGUUUGGCAAGACGUUUCUAGUAACUGAUCCUCAGGGACCAUCUUUUCCUACUGGAACUUGCAAAAUGCAGGAACUAGACAGAAAUGACGGUGCAUGUUACCAGGCACUGCCAUGUAAUAUUGUGCAUCUAAGUUCUUUGUCGAGGCAUUCUGAAUGUACAUGGAGUGGCUUAUCUCGCAGAUUACCUGAACCAUUCCAUUACAUUGAGUCAAUGGACAAUGAAUCAAACCAUGUAGAGGCUUGUCCCGUCACUGUCCAAUUGUCUUCCCUUUGUGGCUAUGCAACACGCACACCUUUGCAGGUCCAUAAUCCAAUCCCAAUCAAGGCUUGUCAAUCGUUUGAUAAGAUAGAAGAGGAGAAAUGUGAUGGGAAGGAUGGAUAUUCAAUAGGUUCAAAUACGGAUAUAGGUAGUGCAUCGCUUGUUGGAGAUAAGAAUGGGGAUGUAGAAGCUCAGAGUAGUAUUCUUUCCACCGAAGGGGAAGGAAAGGAAGCAAAGAAAGCGGUUUCACUUUCCUCCAGAAUAAGCAAGAAAGCUAGAACAAAUGCAAUGGGUUGCAAGAAGGGCUUUGUGCCGUAUAAAAGAUGUUUAGCUGAGAGGGAUCUUAACUUGUCAACAAUGAUAACCGGGGAGGAGAGGGAGGAGCAGAGGAUCCGCCUUUGCUUGUAG